ACUUAUGUCGGUAUCACCAACAAAGUGUAGUUUUUUGUGAAUUUAAUAUACUUUUAUAAAAAUGUGAUUGUGUUAAAAACAUUAACGACAAGUAAUUCAAUAUCCACAUCUUUAUAUACAAUAUAAGCCGAACGGAUAGUAGAAAAUCAUGUUGGAACUACCUCGUAUAACGAGAGCUCUCAGAGCACACACCCAGCUGGAUAAACCGCGCUGCUUGAAACCUCCAGAUAUACAGAAUUUCAAUCAGACAGUCCAUGAAAAAAGUCAUCAAAAGUAUAAAAGUUAUGCAGAUAUCUACAACUAUGUGAAAGAAAAUGAGCCAGACUCUGUUCUAAAAUAUCUAGAUGAAUUAAAGGAAUCUUGCAAACUUCUAACUGGAGAACAGCCUGAUGAGAUAAUAGAAGAUGCUGCAGUUCUCACACUUAGGAUGUUUUUAGACCGUGAUAUUGUUAUGUUAAAACAUCUAUCACAAUUAAGACAAAUGUUUGGAACAGUUAUGUCAACUACGGCUAACAAAAUUUGUCAGAUUGUUAUAAACAUAUCAAGUAAUAUAAAGGAAAGUACUAAAGAAUACAUUAGAAAAGAAAUAAAUGAAUCUGAUAAAGAGAAUAUAAAAAUGUGGGGUGAUCAUAUACAAUGUAAAUAUAUACCAUAUAAGCCUGCUAAGAAACCACUACCUAAGCUUACGAAGAAACCAGCAGUUUCCAGUUCAUUUGUCACUGAUUUUUCAAUGAAAUAUACUAAAGAUAGAGUUAAACCAGAAAGCAGGAGUGUUGAAAAACCUUUGUCAGUGUCUAAAUUUGGAAAAAGCUGGCUGGAGACAAAAGUUCAAGGUCUAUAUGAUAAUGAUGGAGGAAUGUCAAGUGCUGAUAUACUUCAGUCUAUUAUCACAUUACUGAACUCUCCGAGAAGCAAUGAUGAUAUGCAGAAUGAUCUCUUUGAGUUACUCGGAUUUGAUAAAUUUGAAUUCAUUCAAGAGAUAUUGGAACAUAGACAGGAAAUUAUUGACAGUCUGAAAGCACCUCCAGUGCAGCCGACGAUAUCUGAAAUUGCAGCCAUGCUGCCAGAAAACAAAAUGCCACAAUAUUUAUGCCAAGUUUCCGUGUUGUCUGAACAAGAGAAAAUGUUAGCAAAGCUUGUGAGGAAAGAAGAGAAGAAAGCUAAGAAUGUUAAGAAAGUAGAAGACGAGGAAGAAGAACAUGAGCUUAAUAUUGCUCAAUUGAGAGCUAAAAGAAUAGCUGAACUAUCGAAACCUGUCGUACCAUUUUCUACAUCAAAAAGCAAAAUAGAUCCAAUAUUGCAGAAAAUAUCAUAUUUUCAGACUAAAGUUCAAUAUCCAAAUGUUUACGAUUCAUCAAUUGAUGCGAAGAAUUCAGCUGGUUUUGUAUCGGGCAUGAAAUUAAUGUUACCUGAGAAUGCUAUAAGGAAAGAUAUCAAGGAGUAUGAAGAAGUGAUUAUACCUAAAAAUGAACCAGCACCUUUGCAGAUUGGAAACAAGCGUGUACCUGUAUCUGAACUAGACGAGAUUGGACAAAUGGCUUUUGAGAAUAUAAAAGAGUUGAAUCGUAUCCAGUCCGUAGUGUUCCAGACAGCUUACAAUACAAAUGAAAACCUGCUGAUCUGUGCGCCCACAGGCGCCGGCAAGACUAACAUCGCUCUCCUCACUGUCGUACAUCAGAUCAAACAGCAUAUAGAGAAUGAUGUUAUUAUGAAGAAUAAGUUUAAAAUAAUCUACAUAGCACCAAUGAAAGCGUUGGCUUCAGAAAUGACGGCAAGUUUCGGCAAACGUCUGCGCGGUCUCGGCAUCGCGGUCAAAGAACUCACCGGAGAUAUGAAGUUAACUAAGACUGAAGUUCAACAAACUCAGAUGAUUGUUACUACGCCUGAAAAGUGGGAUGUCGUUACAAGGAAAGGAGCAACUGACACAGAAUUGGCAUCUAUAGUAAAAUUACUAAUAAUAGACGAGGUCCAUUUAUUACAUGGUGACAGAGGGCCGAUUGUGGAAGCGAUAGUCGCUCGUACUCUGCGCCAAGUUGAGUCCACACAGAAUAUGAUCAGAAUUGUCGGUCUGUCUGCUACAUUGCCUAAUUAUGUGGAUGUUGCCAGAUUUUUACGCGUCAAUCCGAACAUUGGACUAUUUUUCUUCGAUUCACGAUUCCGUCCUGUACCAUUGGAGCAGCAGUUUAUUGGUGUUAAGGAGGUCGGAGGCGGAGGAGGAUCACAUCUUAGACAGAUGCAAACAAUGAAUGAAAUAUGUUACGACAAAGCAGUAGAUAUGGUACAAAAAGGUCAUCAAGUGAUGGUGUUUGUUCACGCGCGUAAUGCAACACAUCAAACUGCUAUGAUAUUAAAAGAAAUCGCACAGAAAAAAGGUCAUUUAAAACACUUUGAGCCGGAAGAUACAGGGGGAUUUUUGAAAGCUAAAAAAUCUAUAAGUAGCAGUCCUAAUAAACAAUUAGGUGAAUUAUUCGCAGCUGGAUUUGCUUGUCAUCAUGCUGGUAUGCUGAGGAGUGACAGGAACAUGGUUGAGAAGUAUUUCGCAGAGGGCUAUAUAAAGGUCUUGGUAUGCACCUCUACACUCGCCUGGGGUGUCAACUUGCCCGCACACGCUGUUAUCAUAAGGGGUACAGAAAUCUACGAUCAGAAUCACGGUACAUUCAUGGAUUUGAGUAUAUUAGAUGUGCUGCAAAUCUUCGGUCGCGCAGGAAGGCCGCAGUUCGACAAGUCCGGUACCGGCAUCAUCAUCACAACGCACGACAAACUGACGCAUUACUUGAAAUCUAUGACCAAUCAGUUCCCGAUAGAAAGUAAUUUUAUCAAUCUGUUGGCUGAUAAUUUGAACGCAGAGGUCGCUCUUGGGACUGUGACAAAUAUCGAUGAAGCCGUCGAAUGGUUGAGUUACACGUACUUGUUCGUUCGAAUGAGAAUUAAUCCACAAGUGUACGGGCUGACAUACAGCGAUGUGCAAGAGGAGCCGAUGCUGGAGACGAAGCGUCGCGAGCUGAUCACAGCGGCCGCCAUGCAGCUGGACCGCACACUCAUGUUGAGAUAUAACGAGCGUACUGGAGAUCUUAAUAUUACUGAUCUUGGCCGCACAGCCAGCCACUACUACAUAACGUGCGAGACGAUGGAAGUGUUCAACUCUAUGGUGCGCAAGUCUAUGACACAAGGCUACGUCAUAGAGAUGCUCACACGAUGCUCUGAUUUCCAACAGUUAAAGGUAAGAAAAGAAGAACUAACAGAACUAUGGAAUCUCAAAGAUCAGUACUGCGAGCUGCGCAUCGAAGAUCCGCCUGAAGAUAUACAUUGGAAGAUUAACAUACUGUUACAAACGUAUCUCUCUCGCGGACGCGUCAAUGGAUCAUCGUUGCAGUCAGAUUUGAACUACAUUUGUAAGAACGCAGUCCGCAUAGUGCGAGCUUUAUUUGAGAUAACAUUACGUAAGAACAACGCGUACAUGGCGGGAUUAUAUCUCAAAAUGGCGAAGAUGUUUGAACUACAGCAGUGGGAUUUCUACAAUGAUAUGCGACAGUUCAACUGCUUUCCCAACGAGAUACUGCGGCACAUCGAGUACCCAAUGCUGAAACCUGAUCAGAUUAGAGAUAUGGAGUGGCAGGAACUUGGCGACUUGCUUAGAAACCCAAAAACAGCACGUCAUAUGAAGAAAUGUGCUGAUGAAUUUCCUCUUCUCGAAAUGGAAGCCUCACUACAUCCCAUCACCAGAACUGUGCUCAGAAUAAGAUUAACUAUAACGCCUAAUUUCAGAUGGAACGACAAAUAUCACGGUAAAGCGCCUGAAGCGUUUUGGAUCUGGGUUGAAGAUCCCGACACUGAUAUUAUGUAUUACCACGAAUACUUUCUUAUUACUAAAAAGCAGGUAAUAACAAGGGAACCACAAGAGUUGGUCAUAACAAUUCCUAUAUCGGAGCCAUUACCGCCUCAAUAUUAUAUUCGGGCCACAUCUGAAAGAUGGCUGGGUUCAGAAAGCGUUCUACCGUUAACAUUCCAACAUCUUAUAUUACCUGAAACACAUCCUCCACAUACAGAUUUAUUAGAACUACAACCGUUACCAGUAACGGCAUUGAACAAUCCAUCAUUUGAGAUGUUGUACAACUUUACCCACUUCAAUCCGAUACAGACUCAGAUCUUCCAUUGCCUGUACCACACUGACAACAAUGUACUGCUGGGCGCGCCUACUGGAUCCGGCAAGACAAUCGUCGCUGAAGUUGCCAUGUUCAGAGUAUUCAACCAAUAUCCUGGUUGUAAGGUGGUUUACAUAGCGCCAUUGAAAGCUUUAGUCAAAGAACGAAUAAAAGAUUGGAAAGUGCGCCUAGAGAAGAGACUCGGCAAGAAUGUUGUUGAAUUAACAGGUGACGUAUCACCUGAUAUCCGAGCGAUCAGGAACUCUCAGGUGAUAGUGACUACUCCUGAGAAGUGGGACGGCAUCAGCCGCUCCUGGCAGACCAGGAACUAUGUCCGGGAUGUCGCUUUGAUAGUUAUUGAUGAGAUACAUCUGCUGGGAGAAGACAGAGGUCCUGUCCUUGAAGUUAUUGUCUCGAGAACGAAUUUUAUAGAAUCACACACAUCAAGACGUCUCCGUAUUAUCGGUCUAUCGACUGCGCUCGCGAACGCUAAGGACUUGGCCAAUUGGCUGAACAUCGGCGAAAUGGGACUUUAUAACUUCAGACCUUCAGUCCGUCCUGUUCCAUUGGAGGUGCACAUAUCCGGUCACCCAGGACGGCACUACUGCCCGCGCAUGCUCAGCAUGAACAAGCCCACCUUCCAGGCCAUCCGACAGCACUCGCCCUGCUCGCCCGCGCUCGUCUUCGUCUCCAGUCGGCGACAGACCAGAUUGACAGCACUGGAUCUAAUAGCAUAUUUAGCCGCAGAAGACAACCCGAAGCAAUGGCUGCAUAUGCAGGAGUCAGAGAUGGAACAGAUCCUAUCGAACAUUCGAGAGUCCAACCUGAAGCUGACGCUGGCGUUCGGUAUCGGCAUACACCAUGCGGGACUGCACGAGAAAGAUCGCACCACGGUUGAAGAGUUGUUUGUUAACCAGAAAAUUCAGGUGUUAAUUUGCACGGCGACAUUGGCGUGGGGUGUCAACUUCCCCGCACACUUGGUGGUCAUCAAGGGUACGGAGUAUUUCGACGGUAAGCAGAAGAGAUACGUGGAUAUGCCCAUCACUGAUGUUCUGCAGAUGAUGGGACGAGCUGGUAGACCUCAGUACGACAAUGAAGGUGUGGCCGUGGUGUUAGUUCAUGACCAGAAGAAGAAUUUCUACAAGAAGUUCCUGUACGAGCCUUUCCCCGUAGAGUCCAGUCUGCUCGAGGUGUUGGCUGAUCAUCUUAAUGCUGAAAUCGUUGCUGGUACUGUUCAAACGAAACAAGAUAUUCUGGAUUAUCUGACAUGGACGUACUUCUUCCGUCGGCUACUGAAGAACCCUUCGUAUUACAAACUGGACAGUUUGGAGCCGCAAGACGUCAAUUACUAUCUCUCCAACCUCGUGCAUACUAGACUUGAUGCGUUACUGAAUGCUAAUUGUAUUGAAAUCGAAGAGGAUGAACGCACUAUACACAGCACAUGGAUGGGUCGUAUCGCGUCAUAUUACUAUUUGUCUCACAAGACAAUGGCGCACUUCAGCGCGCAUCUGCACGCCAACAUGAACGCGGACGAUCUGCUGCGCGUGCUCGCUGACUCCGAGGAGUACGCGACACUGCCAGUCAGACAUAAUGAGGAUAUACUUAAUGGGGAGCUAGCCCAACAGUGUCGUCUGCCAGUGGAUACAUUGACUUUGGACUCGUCAAAUGUGAAAGCGUUCCUCUUACUACAGGCGCAUCUGACUCGACUCACGUUACCCAAUACAGACUAUUUGACAGACACUAAAUCUGUGCUAGAUCAAACUAUAAGAAUUAUACAGGCAAUGAUAGAUACAUCUGCGGAGAACGGUUGGCUGUCAGUCUGUCUGUCAUGUCAACUUCUAAUGCAAUGUAUAGUGCAGGCUCGCUGGCUAUCUGACUCUCCACUCACGACCUUACCUCAUGUUGACUCACAGCAUCUCUAUAUCUUCUCUCAUAUGACACGAGAUACUAAUAAGCCAUGUACAAUGCUUAAUGGACUGAAAGUAGCUUGUAUGAGGAAUUAUGAACUUCUAGCUAAGUAUUGUAGGAGAGAAUUUGAAGAGUAUCAAAUUGAACAGAUACAUAGGGCAAUUUGCGACCUUCCGACUUUAGACAUAAAGUUGAAAAUCCGUGGCUUGUGGUUCGACAGUGAUUGCGAACAAGAUAAAAGGAUACAGCAACCGCCUGGAAGAGAUUCCUGGCUUCCUUUACAUGCUGAACAAGAAUACACAAUAUUAAUAGAUAUGGAGCGUCGCGGCGGUAAUCCUAACAACGUGCUGUGCCCGCGGUUCCCACGCGGGAAGAACGAGGGCUGGUUCCUGACACUUGGAGACACGGAGCAAGGGGAACUGCUCGCUCUGAAGCGGGUACCACCGAGAGGCACUGCUCAAGUCACCUUGUAUACUCCACCUAUGACAGGUCGUAUUAUAUACACUUUGUAUAUUUUAAGUGAUAGUUACCUAGGUUUGGACCAACAGUACGAUUUGCAGUUUGAACUCAUGGACCCCUUGCCUCCGGAGACUGUCGACACAGUAUACGACCCCGGCGAGAAGAUUAUUACUGAAUAAUUUAUUAAUUAUAUAAAGUUUUAUUUCUGUUAA